CCGCAGAGAGCCAGCGUGAUUUGGGAUGAGGGGGGGGGCGCAGCCUACUGUCUUAAACUUACAGGAUAGGAAAAGCCUCUAAAAUGACAGAUAGAAACGAUUUUAUCGCACAAAUCUCUCAGCCACCCGCCUUGACAUCCUUAACCGCGGCCCUGUGAGGACUUUGCGGGUCAAGCUGAAGAUCGAUGAAGCCAAAAGCAACCUGAGGAUAAUGCCAGGGAACACAUGAAAACUACUGCAGCUGGGCUGAGCAGCGCUGGAGAAAAGACAGAAUGGCUUUUAUCGUCAGAUCAGAGCUUCGAGCCGAGCGUGUGCCGGACGUUUAGGAGGUUUAAGAGUCCCUGGUGAUCCUCGAGCACGCCAAGUGCUCCGUUAUCUCCGUUAUUCGGCAGUUAGGUUUUGGCGCAUUGGAGCUCCGGCCGCUGGAAUGUCAGCCGCUGCAUAGCGGAGGGCGAGAGAACAUGGGAGAGGCGGCCGAUGCCAGAGAGGCCAAGGAGGCCAGGAGGACCUUCAUCGUCCCGGCCAUCAAAUCCUUCGACCACUACGACUUCGCAAGGGCUAAAAUAUCGAGCAGUUUGACGUGGCUCGUGGCCAAAGCCUUUGGGUCAGACAGCAUCCCGGCAGAGCUGGAAGACCCGUUCUAUAAGGAUCAGUAUGAGCAGGAGCAUUUGAAGCCCCCAGUGGUGUCUCUGCUGCUGUCUGCUGAGCUCUACUGCAGGGCUGGGAGUCUGAUCCUGCGUAGUGAUGCAGCCAAACCCCUGCUUGGUCACAAUGGGGUCAUCCAGGCCCUCGCACAGAAAGGACUGUAUGUCACUGACCAGGAGCGACUUGUCACCGAAAGAGAUCUCUGCAAAACGCCUAUCCAGAUGAGCUCCCACCUGGCGAUGAUUGACACUCUGAUGAUGGCUUAUACAGUGGAGAUGAUCAGUGUGGAGAGAGUGCUGAACUGUGUACAGAAAUACUCACCUUUCUUCCCUGAGGAAGACUUCCCUUAUGAUGCGGAAGAGGCUGUGACCACCUGGAUUAACAAGGUGAAUGAAUACUUAAGAGAGAUCUUGGCUCAAGAGCAGACAGCAAGAAAUUCACUCGAGAUCAAAUCUGCAGGUCCAAAGACACGGUACAAGAGAGAGGACUUUAAGACACAGUCUGCACUCUGUCUCCCCCUGGUGGACAAUCUACUGAAGGACAACACAGAUGGCUGUGCUCUGGCUGCAUUGCUGCAUUUCUACUGCCCCAAUGCAGUUCCAUUGGAAGAUAUCUGUGUGAAGGAAACGAUGUCAUUGGCCGACAGCCUCUACAACCUACAGCUGAUCCAAGACUUCUGUAGGGAGAAUCUGAACAACUGCUGCCACUUCACUCUGGAGGACAUGCUCUAUGCCUCCAGCUCCAUUAAGAGUAACUACCUUGUGUUUAUGGCAGAGCUGUUCUGGUGGUGUGAAGUGGUCAAACCCUCUUUUGUUCAGCCUCGAACACUUGAAACCAAAGUAUCUGACCCAGUACAGUCAACAAAAAUGGCUCCAAUAACCAAACACAACCUGAUCCACAGGCCAACCAGCCCUGACCAGCAAAGGUCUCAGCCAGACACCACCAACUCAGCAGUGAUAAAGAGGUCCAACUCUCUGUCAUACGUGGAUGGUUGUGUGGGGACGUGGCCCAAAGAAAAACGGUCUUCAGCCCAUGGUAUCUCAUUUGAAAUUCCAUUUGAUGAUGAUGUGGCUUGCCCAUCAGGUCGUGGAUUAAGUCGGUCUUCAAGCUCAGAUGGCCUGGGGUUCAAAGUUCACCAAGCGGCACGGGGCAUGCGCAGGAAUCUCUCCUUCCAGCCCGUUAAUGGGAGCACUCACCCGUUGCAUGAGGAAGGAGAUGAAGCAGCAUCACGCAACUGUUCCAUUAGGCCUCGUGUGAGGACUGAAUCUAGAUAUUCUAAUGGCGUACUUCCGGAAGACUCUGGUCCCCAGCCACUGACCCCCACUAUGGAGGAAGCUCUAAAGAUCAUACAUGACUCUGAGCGUCCACACAGCAGCCUACAACCCCCUGGUGGGGAAAAUGCCUUCUUCCUUCAUAGCCCUGACUCCUGUGACAAUGGUGCCACUGAUCCUAACUCCAGCACACAAGAACCUGAGGACAGUCUUUCUAAGGCCCGUGCCGAUGAUGCAGAGCUAAACUCCACGUCCACAGAAAUAGACACAGGAAUUCACGUGCGCACAGAGGACAUUCAGGAUGGGCAAGAUGAAGACUCGUCCUUGAAGGACUACUCCGACAUGGACCAAGACUACGAGGCACGUUCGUGCCCAUUACCUGACACUGGUGGUGGUUUUAGCCCUGUGCCAAGCCUGCUGGGAGCUCGCUCGCUGGCCACAAGCUCCGCCUCUUCUAUUGGCUCUGCCUCUGCAGUGCGCAUGACCAGCUUUGCUGAGCAGAAGUUCCGCAAGCUGAACCAUGCAGAUGGCCGGAGUGGCGGGAACACUCCAGAAAGUGACAUAGGCAUUACCCCCAAUGCAGCCAUGGCAAGAUCCAUUACACCUGAUGCCCGUAGUCCCGGUCGGGUCACCUCGCCCCGCGACCCAUCCAGUUUGUUGGUGUCAGAGAUGGUACAACUGAAGAUGAAGCUGGAGGAGAAGCGGCGAGCCAUAGAAGCCCAGAAAAAGAAAGUGGAAGCUGCCUUCACACGUCACCGGCAACGGAUGGGCCGCACAGCUUUCCUCAAUGUUGUCCGCCGCAAAGGAGCUGCUUCGCCACUAGGAGGUGACACCAGUAGUGGUGGUAGUCCUGAUGAAGGUGAAAAGAAAAGCACAGAGGCAAGAAUUUUGAAAUAUGAUGAAAGCGGUUCGAGAUUAGAGAGGUGCAAGCCAGACGGGGCACCUCUGAGAUCAACACCAGAGGAGGGAGGAGCUGCAGAAGUGGCGGAUUUAUCAGAAUACACACGAUCCAUUGAGCGUCUGAACACGUCUCUGAGUUUCUUGCAGACGGAGAUGCAGCGGCUGGCACAGCAGCAGGAGCGCAUCAUGCAUCUUCGCGAACAGCAAAGCUGGGUGAUCUCCCCUCCACAUACGCAGCCCCAAACACAAAUGCAGCCAUCGCCAAGGAAACACCCACUGCGUAGCAGUAGUGCUGUGGGCCGUGGAUCCGUGGGGUCCCUGUCCCCAAACCUUUCCUCCACAGGGUCGCCUCGAACCACCCAACGCUCACCUGCCCCUAUAAAACGUAAGUCGGCUUCUUUCCAUGCUCGGACACCCCGUACCCCGCGGCCCAACGAGCUAAAGGUCACUCCCUUUAGCCGGAUGCUGAACACACCACAGUCAGUAGACAGUCUUCCCAGGCUGCGGCGAUUCUCACCAAGCCAAACACAAACCAGCUCAUUUGCAUACCUGGGACAUGAUGAGGGACCUACAAAGGAAGACCGUGCAAAUAAAGAGAGGAAAGCAGUGCCACAGGCUAAAGACAAGCAACCUGUCACAAACACGGAUGCAGAGAAGACAGCAGCAAACGCUCUGUCCAGUCAAGCGAAAGAGAGAGAGGAGGUGGUGAAGGAGGAGAGGAAAGAUAAAGAGAUGGCCGAGGCAGGGUCAGCUGAGGAAGCCGGAUUCAUUAAGGCAGUGGCAGCGUCACAGGUUCAGUCUCAGCCAGUAACAGAGAGUUUGGCAGGGACAACGGAGGCAGGCCCAGUGGAGGCUCAGGUCCAGAGUAAGAAGGAUCUGAUCGAGUUGCCCCUCUCUGUGCUGAAGCCUCUUGAUGGCGAGAAAAUAAUAGAGAGUGGGACAGACUCACAAGACCCGGAUCAGAAGAUGUGUUGUGGAUUCUUCUACAGGGAUGACCAGAAAGGUGAGGAAGACAUUGCGCAGAAGAGGGCAGCUCUGCUGGAGAAGAGGCUGAGGAGAGAGAAAGAGAUGCAGAUGAAAAAACAACAGCAGGAACAAGAGAUGGAACAGAAGAAGGAAGUGGCAAGAUUGAAAGCAGAGGAGGAACGUCAGAAGAAAGAGGAGGAGAAGGCGAGACGAGAGUUUAUCAAAAAUGAAUAUUUGAGGAGGAAGCAGCUGAAACUGAUGGAGGACAUGGACAGUGUCAUCAGGCCCCGCACCCCAAGCGUCAAGCAAAAGAAGCCCCGGCCCAAGUCUAUGCACAGAGACAUCAUGGAGUCUCCCAAACCCCCUGCACGGACAAACACGGGGUCUCGACCUCGCGGAUUCUCUGUCUCCAGCAUAUCACUUGCUUCACUUAACCUGGCGGACAGUGAGAGUGUCCAGUCAGACAAGAGGACGUCCAGACGCAGUAAAUUGUCGCCAGGCAAUCUGUGUUUCUUUCUGACCUCUCCUAAAGGGGGGAAGGCCAGGCCAGAAUCUGCAGAAGGUCAGUUGUCACCAUGUCCAUCAGUAAGCAGGAAUGGGGAGAACUGGGAGAAUGAAUCAACAACAUCAUCAGCAGCAUCCAACACAGAAUACACAGGGCCGAAACUUUACAAGGAACCCAGUGCCAAGUCUAACAAGUACAUCAUCCAAAACGCUCUGGCCCACUGCUGCCUGGCAGGCAAAGUCAACGAGGGACAGAAGAACAAGAUACUCGAGGAAAUGGAGAAGACGGAAUCUAACAACUUCCUGAUCCUGUUCCGGGAUUCAGGUUGCCAGUUCCGUGCGCUCUACACAUACUACCCGGAGACACAGGAGAUCAGCAAGCUGGCAGGCAUCGGCCCGAAAGCCAUCACACCCAAGAUGAUCGAGAACUUGUACAAAUACAGCUCAGAUAAGAAGCAGUUCUGCCACAUCCCUGCCAAGACCAUGUCAGCUAGCAUCGACGCCAUCACCAUCUACAGCCACCUCUGGCAGUACAAGAAACAAAGUACACCCAAAAAACUGCUCAAAUGAGUCCCACAGAGAGCAGCCAGACACUCACUGCACACCACACUGGAGUUCCGAUGAGGAUUCCGGACACUUUUGCGUCAUCACCGUUUAGCUUAUUCCUCCAAGAGUGAUGGGAAUUGCAGGAUUACGAUAGAAUUCCAGUGUUACGCACAGUUUGAAUGUCAAGAUUAAAAGAUGGAUUUUGAGGUCCAUGUCAUGCAGCGAACAUAACGUCAAUAUUAGCUGGUAGCACACAUGGUUCAUCUGUCUGCAUGUAGUGUGUGUGUGUGUGUGUGUGUGUGUGUGUGUGUGUGUGUGUGUGUGUGUGUGUGUGUGUGUGUGUGUGUGUUGUGUGUGUGUAUGUGUGCGUUUGCCAAAUAUAAAGGUUGUAGCAUUUGUUCCUGAGAAACAAAAAAGCAGCAUAGAUUGCUUACCUUUGUUCUUAUUUUAAACACUUUAAACUUUCGUGGCCUUACGCUUGUCUUGUUUCAACACUUUUGCCUGCUUUUUAAUGACCCGCAGUGCACUCUUGAGUUUUAUGAACAAGUGAAAUUUAUUUAGGGCUAAAUGAGGUUUGUGCACAUCAUCACGGAAGCAACAGAGAAGACAUCUUGAGGCCUAUUUUUCAGAUGUGAAAUAAGCCUAGCCUGGGUCUAAAUUGAAAUGCCAAUGUCAUUUCAUCAUUAAACAGCUUGAGUAGUCUAGGCAAAGAAAACAAUUCAGACACCAGAGCUACGUUCACAUUACAAAUCUUAAUUCAGUUUUUUUUGCUCAUAUGCAAUCUUUCUUGCCUUGUCGGGUAACAUUUCCAUGUUUAAGUGACCCAUUUCUGUGCCCUGAAAAGACACAUCCUAAUCAACUUUGCAAGAAUCAAACCAUGCAGGUCAUGACCAACAACAAACGAAUAAACCAGAAGUUCAAGCCUUUUAUCACAAGCAGUGUUUGCUCUGAACAGCUCUCAGCUGUUCAUGAUUAGGAUCAUCUUCCAUCCGUUUUGCUUAUAUCAACAUGCACCAUAAGGCUUGGGCAAAUAGUUUCAAUCACUCAUAUCAUCCCCACCUACGAUCAAAUGAAAACCCUAGUGCAGACACCCUAAUACCACUUAAUAUCACUCAGAAGUAUGUCACAAACCAUUCCUGAUUCACCUUGGCUUCAGUGCUUUUUCAGUGUUCUUGUUAGGAUGGACUCACAAAUCCAGUCUAGACCCAUAUAUGAACGUCUGCAUUCACACUGCAGGUAGUAUUGAUCAAAAAUCUCAUCUUUUUCUCUCAUGCGUUCAAAUAUAUUUUGUAUAUCAGUGUGAACAGCAGAAAAUACAUUGAACCUGAUGUUUCCGAUUCAGAUUUGGGCCACUUUCAAAUGUGGUGCUGAAAUCCGAUGCAUAUGCAGUAUAAAGUAAUGCGAUCUGUAUCUUUUCCGUCAGUCCAUCUCAAUCCUCAGCAUAUUUUCAUGUGAACUGGAACAGACCCAUCAUGGCAACAUCAACAACACGCCUGUUACUAUAGUUACACUUUACAUCUUUAGUUUUGGAGGAUGAGCGAGACAAGCCUGGGCAUUGUAAACAUAUAAACACGGUGCUUUCUAAAUCAAACAAACAGCAGGCAACAACAUCAUAUUUGAGCAGUAAAUCAGAUAAGAGCCACUUUUAGCUGCAGUCUGAAUGAAGCCAAAGUCACAUUAAGUUAGAUUAAGAUGAUUCAAAAUUGGGUUUGUGCCACUUUCACGUGUGCUUCUAGAUCAUUUAUGUAUCUGAUAUGUGGCUGUACUGAAAACAGUCCGAUUGGAAUUGAUGAUGCACAGAUGACUGAUGUCCUUAUCCUGUGUCAACUAAAAAAAGGGCUAAUGAUGAAUAAAUGCAUACAUGCAGACUCAAUUAUUCACACUAGAGACAAACAUGGGUCUCUUAGGCUUCCUUCACACUGCAGGGCAAAUCAGACUCGUAUCUGGCUUUAUAGACUAGCUGUUCAGUUUUCAAGUUGCAAGCGACCAAAUCUGAUUUUGUACAAUCAGACUGUAGUUGCAUUUGUUCACAUUAGUUGUGACGCAUGUUGGAAAAAGCUGAAAAGACCUAACUCUGAUAACUGGCUGUUAGACAUGUAUUCACAACAGAGUAAAAAUGUUGCCUAAAUAUCUGCCAAAAGCUUCUGCUCUCCUUGUUUAAUCAGUUAUAUGUGAAUAUGCACAACUGACUUUCUUGUCAAAAAAAAAAACAAAACAAAAUCAGAUUUGAAUCAGAUUUGAUACCACCUACAAAUGUGGCAUGUUUUGUUCAUGUUUUUUUGCUGUUCAGAUGCAAAAAAAUCUAAUUUGAGCUGCUUGCCUGACAAAAUCUUAUAAACUGGUAUUAGAUCGCUCAAGAAGACAGUUUGGAUCUGAGCAAAAUACCAGAAUAAUGUAAUAUGUACUGAAAUGUGAACGUAGCCUAAUUUCAGUUUUAAGGUCACAUGUUUAUGAAUUGUUAUUUUUGUCUCUAUGAAUUUAUUUAUAUUUUGAUAAAUAUCUUAAUUUCCCUGAAAGUGGUGCAUAUGAGUAUGAGCAGUGUAUGUAUGUGUGUAUAUAAUGGCUGUCAUGUUGAGCUGAAAGCAGAAAUCCUUUGUCUGGCUUCUACAUGUUGUCCUGUGGCCUUUCGUCAUUUUAAGGAAAUCAGCACGGACCUGACAGUUUCAGCUGCUGGACUGAAACACUACAUCACUCAAGUGAGCCUCGCCAUGAUUGUGUAACAGUCUCCCAAGUGUUAACGUUAACGUACAGAGUAUGUUUAAAACAUACUGGUGAUCUUCUUUUAGGAACACAGUGCAGUUCAGCUGCCAGUUGCAGUAGUUUACAUUGACAAGUUAGUAUUAAAACCAGAGCGUAUAAAUAUUGAAUAUAAUAUUACGAUGCUUCCGUAUAGAUGCUGCCUAUAUCGUUGCUAAGUAAUCUGCUCAUUCAUAUUAAGUAUAAACGACAUUUCCAGGAGCUGUUACAUUUUUACAGGCUUUUUGUCUGAUAACACUUUUUUUUUUUUUUCUUUCUUCAGGUUCAAAAGAACUGAAAAAUGUUUUUAUUUUUAUUAGCUGAAGAAAUUCAUCCAUCAGAUUUAUUAAAAGCUGUAUAUAUAUAGUUUUACAUGUUAAGCAUAUUUUUAAAGCCAUUGAAUAUUAAUGAUAUUUUUCAUAUAAACAAGGAAAUGCUUUAAACUUGCAAUGUGUUAUGGGUAAAUGUUGCUAGUGUUGGCUGUGGAAGAAGCUACGGUGCGAUGAAAGAACUGUGUUGAACAUCUGAACAUUUGCUUUCAUUCAGUUCACUACAUCUCUCCUGUCGUCAGUGUGUAUUUAUCAUUGCCUAUGUGCUGUAUGUCGGGUCUUAUCUGAAUAUCUGUUAACCUUUAGACCUACACAAAUACAGAUUUUCAUCCAAA